CCAUUCCAAUUCUUGACGGACAGAACUUGUGUUCCACGCCGUGUACCUUCUAAAAUUCUCUCCUUACCUCUCUCCCUCGAACACAAUUCCCAUUUUUCCCUUCGAAUUUCGUUGUGUACCUCAAUUCCUACUGUCUAGAGUGGACGCGUCAAGUUACCCCUCAAUUCCUGCACCACCUCCCAACAUCAAAGCCUCCAACCAAAACCCCCUUUUAUUUCUGCAACAGGCACCAUACCCUGUCUAAGCAGUCUUUGUGUUAAGACCGAACUUUUGUGCGACAAACACUGCAUUGUGUCAUCCUCAUCACCUUCCCCCACCAAGUCUCAAAUCUUAACCCCCAACACAUAUCGGCAAAUCACCCCACCAAAGUCAUCAUGUGCAAUUCCAAGCUUCACACGUUUCUGGCGGGCCUCCCAAAGGUUGAGCUUCAUCUCCACAUUGAAGGCACCCUUUCCCCAGAGCUCCUUUUCAAGCUUGCCGCCACGAACAAGAUUGAGCUCCCCAAGUCCGACCCCGCCUUCGCCUCUCCUGAGGCCCUCCAAGCCAGAUAUGACCGCUUCACGUCUCUCUCUGACUUCCUCCACUACUACUACAUCGGCAUGUCCGUCCUCCUCACCGAGGCCGAUUUCACCUUCCUCGCCUACGAGUACUUCUCCCGCGCUCACGCUGAUAAAUGCGUCCACGCCGAGAUUUUCUUUGACCCCCAAGCCCACACCUCGCGUGGCGUCGCCUACGAUACCGUAGUCAAGGGCAUUGCUGAAGCUCAGCGCAAGGCCAAAGAAGACUUCGGCAUCACCUCCAAGCUCAUCAUGUGUUUUCUCCGCGACAUGGCUGUUACCAGCGCCAACGACCACUUCACCCUGGCGGCCAACCACAGCUACUUUGCUGACGGCACCAUCGCCGGCAUUGGACUCGACAGCGCCGAGGUUGGGUUCCCGCCCGAGUUGUUCCGCGAUGUCUAUGCGCAGGCGAAGGAAGCUGGUGUCCACCGCACUGCCCACGCUGGAGAGGAGGGCGGCCCAGAUUACCUCUCCGGUGCUCUUGACAACCUUAACGUCGAGCGCAUCGACCACGGCGUCCGUCUUGCGGAGGAUGCCGAGCUGAUGAAGCGCGUUGCGACUGAGAAGAAACUCUUGACGUUGUGCCCGAUUAGCAAUGUGAAGCUGCAGGUAGUCAAGGCCGUAUCUGAGCUUCCAAUCAGGAAGUUUCUCGAUGCCGGCGUUCAGAUCUGCUUCAACUCGGAUGACCCAGCUUACUUUGGGGGAUACCUUCUUGAUAACUUCUGCGCCGUUGAGGAGGCUUUCGGACUGUCCAUCGAGGAGUGGAAGGGAACUGCCGAAGCAGCCGUUCGGGGAUCAUGGGCUGAUGAGGAGAGGAAGGAGGAGAUUCUCUCCCAGAUCGAGGUGUAUGUUACCAACUACAAUUGAGGAAGACGGCGUGGGAUGGAAGAAUACGUUGCUAUGGCUCGACUGUCGAACAGUCCAGUGUUCAAUAGCUAUAAAGAUGGUUCACACGAAUGAAUCCACCGACAUGCUGAAGAGGAGGAAGUACUGGCUACAGGGAUGAAGGAUUUUCAAGAAAGAAAGGGGGGACAUGAUUGUUGCUUAACUUUACAUCAAUCGAAAACUGCUC